AAAACCAGACCUUCCAUGCUGUGUAAUGUGUAUGGAUGAGAGAGACAGCCAUAGAGGUUGAAGUUAGAUAGAAAAAGAGAGAGAGAGAGAGAUUUGGAGGGGGUUUAAGAGAGGGUUUUAGGUCCACCAACUGGUAGUUAGAGAUUGAGCUCCUUAACCAAACUCUUGAUUCAUCAUCAAUCAAAGUUCAAGUCUUUGAAACAAGGAAGGAGAAGAAGAAACAGAGAUAUCUGUAACAGAGCAGCAACAACUUGUUUUUUUUAUCAAAGCAAAACUACCAAGAAAAGCUAAGAAACCCACCAAAGCCCAAAAAUAGAAACCCAAUUCUGGAAAAAGCAAAGUCAUCAUUUUCCUUGAGUGACUGACCGGUAAUGGAUGGAGAAUAUGUAUGAUUGCAAAGAAGAGAGAGAGAGAGAGCAAAAGUGAAAAAACUCCCAAGCCCCUUUUGAAUUAUUACUCUUUCACUUGUUUUGUUGGGCAGAAAAUACUCUGUUUCUUUGGUUGAAUAAAAGACUUGUUCUUGGGAUCGGAAAGUGUUUGGUUCUGAGAGGACUCUGUUUAAGCGAUCCGGUGUUGUUCUCUAAGACUGACUUUCCUGUUCCCCCAAACAUCCCACAACUGUUGCAGGUUUCCAGUUUUUGGGUUGAGUAUGUGAUCUGUGUCAAUACAACUGGGCGAGAAGAUUUCGAAGUUGAGACAAAUAUGGCAACUUAUUAUACUAAUUCAAAUAAUCAAAAGGACGGUACGCCAAUGCUCUAUUCAAGGGAACCUUUAACUAGUUCAUAUCCAGAAACACCUGUUCUUCCUGGUAACAUGAUGAUGUAUAUGAACUCGGGGUCAUAUUCGGAUGCAUUAGCUGGGAGUUCUCAGCAGCAAAACAACUGCAUUGAAGUCGUUUCCUCAGUGGGGGCUUCGGAUUCCAAUACACAACAGCAGGAUGUGUUAUCACAUCUUGGUGGCUCACGUAUUGGAGAGCAAGGAUUCAAUGCAUGGAGAGAUGGUAGAAAUGAGAUGCUAGUUACGAAUCCGAUGGAUGGUUCUGCAGCUAUUCUUCAUGGCGGACAGAACUUGCAAGGCCAGGGAUUGUCCCUCAGCCUCUCAUCAGGAAUGCAAGUGCCUUCUAUGUCAUACCGGAAUCCCAAUAUGGGUUUUGCUUCAUUCUUAAGUCCUAAUCCAUCACUGUCAAGUGAGGGCAGGAAUGGCUCUUUCAGAGAUGACCAGCCAAGAAAUGUCGAAUAUUUGCAACCUAGUUUUCUUGGAGGCAAUGCGGAUUCAAGUAAAGGGGAUUUGUCUCCAUAUGGGAUGUCGAGUAUUGCAAGGAACAUUCCCAAUUCCAAGUAUCUGAAAGCAGCACAACAACUGCUCGAUGAAGUUGUCAACGUCCAGAAAGCACUGAAGCAGCAUGACAGGGAGAAGAACGAAAGCACAAAUGAGCAUAUGAUGAAGAGUUUCAAGGAGGGUGAUGAUGGUUCAAAGAAUGAGCUUGAAAGUGGAGAAUCUUCAAACCCCCAAGAGUCCGCCAGUAAUUCAUCGUGUGAGCUUUCACAUGCUGAGAAACAAGAGUUGCAAAACAAGAUGACUAAGCUUCUGUCUAUGUUAGAUGAGGUUGAUAGAAGGUACAAACAAUAUUAUCAUCAGAUGCAGAUUGUGGUAUCAUCGUUUGAUGCGAUAGCAGGAAGUGGGGCAGCUAAACCAUACACAGCAGUUGCUCUUCAAACUAUUUCUCGCCACUUUCGAUGCUUACGUGAUGCAAUCACAGGCCAGAUACGAGCAACCCAAAAAAGCCUUGGGGAGCAAGGUACUUCAGGAAGCAUUAAAGGGGUUGGAAUUACUCGCCUCCGUUACGUGGAUCAGCAGCUCAGGCAGCAGAGAGCCCUUCAGCAGCUUGGUAUGAUGCAGCAACAUGCAUGGAGGCCACAAAGAGGUCUGCCAGAAAGUUCUGUUUCGAUUCUGCGAGCAUGGCUGUUUGAGCAUUUCCUUCAUCCCUAUCCCAAGGAUUCUGAUAAGAUCAUGCUAGCAAGGCAGACAGGCUUGACCAGAAGUCAGGUCUCAAACUGGUUUAUAAAUGCACGGGUGCGUCUCUGGAAACCCAUGGUUGAGGAGAUGUACAAAGAAGAGGCUGGUGAUGCUGAAAUGGACUCUAAUUCUUCAUCUGAAAAUGCACCCCAAACCAAAAAAGGUGAGAAGAGGACCUUGGAAGACGGAGGGGAAGAUAUGCAACCUAGUGCAAGUUCCACAGGCACUGAUAGAUGCAGCACGGGACAAUUUAUGGACUCCAAACCUGAUCAUUAUGAUGUGGAAAUGGCUGGAUCCACUGGGUCUGCCAGCUUCCAAAAUGGGACUUGUCGUGAAGCUGAAGCUGAAUUUGGGCUAGUGAAGCUUAGGCAGGGAGAAAGAACUGGCAUGGAUGAAAGUAGUUUCUUUACUGAUGGAAUGGUUCAGUCUGAUAGGAGCAGCGAAAGGUUUAUGGCUGCAUACCACAUGCCGGAGUUGGGGAGGUUUGGAAGUGGAAGCGGCGUGUCUCUAACAUUGGGGUUGCAGCAUUGUGAUGGUGGUAACAUUCCUAUCUCUAGUGGGACUCCUCACAGUUUUGUUGCCAUGAGAGAUGAUGAUUUGUACAAUGCAGCAGCCUCUUCCGUCGGGUCAGAGACCGCAGAUUUCGACCAGCAGCACAGAUUUGGUUCCUCCCAUCUAUUACGCGAUUUCGUAGUGUGAAAGAUGCUUCAUUGCAUAUCCACAUUGGUUCUGUUGAUUCUUAGGGGGAGAAGACAAAAGAUAGUGUUAGGGUUUUGACUUGCUUGCAAGUUUUGAAAGGAAAGACUGUUCUCCUCGAAACAUAAAAGAUACAGUUGUAAUAUAUGAAGAACUUGAUGAAGCUCAGCAUAUUUGUAAAGAUAAGAUGCAUAUUAUUUGUUUAAUUUGUGCAAGGGAAAAUGUACAACCAAUGCCGGCCAACUGUUGGUGAUGGUAUUGAAGAGAAAAAGAAAACAAGAAAUUAUAUAUAGUUUGUAAUAAUAAAGCUUCCUUGGAAUUGUCUGACUGUUA